GACGAAGCUCGCAUUGCAGGAUUUUGCGCUGUCCGACGGAACUAUCCUCCCCAAGGGCACAUUCGUCGCCGCACCGCUCCGCGCAAUGCAUCACGACGAUGGGAACUACGCGGAUGCGGGCACCUUCCAGCCUUGGCGCUUCUAUCGCGAAGUAGACGAGUGUGGCGGUGAGGCAAACGCCCAGUCGAUGACCACCACCACAACGACGUACCUGAGUUUUGGACACGGCAAGACUGCCUGCCCUGGACGCUUCUUCGCCGCCCUCGAGUUGAAGAUGAUUACGGCGAACCUGCUGCUGAACUAUGACGUCAAGCUCGAAGGUGACAGCACCGAGAUCCCACCCGUCUCGUGGUAUAUCGCGUCCCGUGUGCCAAAUAUGAAGGCCAAUGUGCUCUUCAGGCGCAGGCAAAAGGAUUGA